UAAAUCUGAUAUGUCUCGCUUGCGAUUAGCUGCUGGUAGUGCCAUAAUGAAGCUUGCUCAGGAACCUUGUUACCAUGAAAUUAUUACCCCAGAACAGUUUCAGCUCUGUGCACUUGUUAUUAAUGAUGAAUGUUACCAAGUAAGGCAGAUAUUUGCUCAGAAGUUACAUAAGGCACUUGUGAAGUUACUGCUCCCUUUGGAGUAUAUGGCGAUCUUUGCCUUGUGUGCCAAAGAUCCUGUGAAGGAGAGAAGAGCACAUGCACGACAGUGUUUGCUAAAAAACAUCAGUAUACGCAGGGAGUACAUUAAACAGAACCCUAUGGCUACUGAGAAAUUGCUAUCACUGUUGCCUGAAUAUGUAGUUCCCUAUAUGAUUCACCUGCUAGCCCAUGAUCCUGAUUUUACAAGAUCACAAGAUGUUGAUCAGCUUCGUGAUAUCAAAGAGUGCCUGUGGUUCAUGCUUGAAGUUCUAAUGACAAAGAAUGAGAACAACAGCCAUGCCUUUAUGAAGAAGAUGGCAGAGAGCAUCAAGUUAACCAGAGAUGCCCAGUCUCCAGAUGAAUCCAAAACAAAUGAAAAACUUUAUACGGUAUGUGAUGUGGCCCUGUGUGUUAUAAACAGUAAAAGUGCUUUGUGCAAUGCAGAUUCACCAAAGGACCCGGUCCUCCCAAUGAAAUUUUUUACACAACCUGAAAAGGACUUUUGUAAUGACAAGAGUUAUAUUUCAGAAGAGACAAGAGUACUUCUGUUAACAGGAAAGCCAAAGCCCACUGGAGUACUAGGUACCGUAAACAAGCCUUUGUCAGCAACGGGAAGGAAGCCCUAUGUUAGAAGCACUGGCACUGAGACCGGAAGCAAUAUUAACGUCAAUUCAGAGCUGAACCCUGCAACUGGGAAUCGUUCAAGGGAACAGAGUUCAGACGCAGCAGAAACCGGCGUUAGUGAAAAUGAAGAGAACCCUGUGAGAAUUAUUUCCGUAACACCCGUAAAGAAUAUUGACCCUGUAAAGAAUAAGGAAAUCAUUUCUGACCAGGCUACCCAGGGCAACAUCAGCAGUGACCGAGGAAAGAAAAGAACGGUACCAGCAGCCGGUGCAGAGAAUAUCCAACAGGAAACAGAUGGCAAAGUAGAUGAAUCAGGACCACCUGCCCCUUCCAAACCCAGGAGAGGACGGCGACCCAAGUCUGAGUCUCAGGGCAAUUCAACCAAAAAUGAUGAUACAACUAAACCCAGUAGCAAGGGACGGAAGAGAGCUGCCGUCAGCCAAGAGAGCCCUGGGAGUAUAGAAGCAGGUAAUGCCAAAGCGCCCAAACUGCAAGAUGGAGCCAAAAAGGCAGCACCAGCAGAAAGGCAAAUUGAUUUACAAAGUUGGACCUUGGCAGCGUUAUAAGGAAGGUUGAGGGGUUUGCUGUUAGUUUUCAGCGUUGUGCUGUUGGGAAGUGAGUGUCUCGGAUUUCAUCUGGGCUCAGCUUUUCUCCUUAUUUGAGAGACAACCGUUGCUUCAGUACACCGCGCUCCUUGGCAUUGUUCAGCGUAGGUGAUGUGUGCACUCUGUGUGCACUAAUCAUAUUUAAGUUUUUGCGUGAAAUAAAUGCUUCUAGAUGUCAUAUGGUAGUCUUUUUUUAAAAUCUUUUUAUCAUAUUAUGCUUUCUUGUGAAUUUUUUUAUGUGAAAGGGCUAACAUCAAAGAACAUAAUUACAGUCAACUCUAUUAUCUAUAUAGAACAGUGACUGUACCUCAGGUUGUUAAUUUUGUCAUGACCAUGGUCUUACAAAAGGAGGUGGCACCUGCAGGACUGCUUGAGGAGGGUCUUGAAAUUCAUCCUUUCUCACAUGCAGUUCUGUCCCACCUCCACUGCCUCCUUCAGGCUCAUCCCAAACCCCUAGCAGAAUUGCUGUUUCUUACUCAUACCUGGUGCGGGGUAGGGGAGAAGAACAUUUGCAUUGCAACUUGGUCUUGAUAGGCUAUAGUCCAUUUAGCAUGUUAAAAAACACAAUGAAAUUAUCAUAAAAUGAUGAUUACAUUACAACUGAAAUUUGCUAGUAGUAAAAGUCACUCGUGUUCUCAUAGAUAAUGAAGCGUUGGCUGUAAAUUGAGUGGAGGAUGGGUAAUUCUUUUUAAGUAUGUAUAUCUAUAUGCACAUUUAUGUGGCAGAAAAUUGUUAGGAAACAACAGAUACCAAUGAUAAAAGACAACUGUCUUUUCACAUGGCAGAAAAGCCCUACUCCUAUCACCUCUUCAUAGCCCUUUAGAAAGUAUAAAAUACUGCCUCCAAUGUGACCAGAGUAUCUAUGCAUAAGCAUCAACAGAGUCCCUUGAGCAAUCAGUUGUUUGUAUUCAAUUUAGAAAGAGUUUUAAGUUCUCUUAGCAUCAGACGACUUGAUUCUUACACACUGAUUCGUCACCUACAAAAAGUGCAUUGAAAGUCAUCCAGGGAGCUGUGUGGUGCUGGGUAUUUCAUCAUGGAGUAAGAGAAAGAAAGUUCCAAAGUGCUAAGUCACACCCAACAAAAUGUAGCACAAUCACUUGCAUCAAUUUAAGGCUCUUUAGGUUUUUGCAGGAGAUGAGUAAACCUAAAAAAAGAUGUGUUCCUCAGAGGUACGGAAAUGGUCCCCCCCGAUUUUGUAAAAUGACACAGUGUUUGGCACUAUGGGAGGGACAGUAAGAUGGUAGAAUGACUAAGUGAACAGAGGGAGACUUAGUUACAGGAAAUUUGUCAAUUUCCUUUGAAAAGGAAAAGGUAAAAUCUCUUGGGAAUUUGGUAUUCACAUCUCAGAGAAAUACAACACAGAAGUGCAGACUUAUAUUUGAAAAUAAUGUAACCCUUUGUGUCUAGUUUGAAGCUUCUUGUAUUUGUCUAAAACCACAAGCCAGAAUUUUGUAUCUCCUUUGAUAAAAAGUGUGUAUAAUGUAAAGUAGUUUUGCAUAUUCCUGUGCUGCACAUGGGCUGAAUUUUUAGAAUUUUUUUAAAGACUUGAAGCAGUACCUUGUAAUUUGUGUAAAUGACGAGUGUAAAAUCCUACCAUAAAAUGCUAAAAAUAUGCAUUGUUUCGAAUAAAACCAAGAAAUGCAGCAGUAUGUGGCAGUGUGGAGCCCUGAAUGUUCCUCAAAAGUCGGUGAGGUGUCUUGGCAUGUUUUCCCUUCAGUUUCCACAGUAUGCACAUCCUGAUGGCAAAUCAAAUGCCAUCUUCAGACUUCAGUUUAGGGACUCUGAUCUGCCUUACAGUGACUGAGAAGGAAAAUGAUGGAGGCUGAAUUCUGAGGGACUUUUGGAAAAUGUUAAAACUUAUUCUUUUCCCUAAGAUUUUUAAAACAACCUUCAUUCACACUAUUCUGUGAUAAAUGAUUUAUCACAACUCGUGGACAUGCGUUAGUGCAACAAAGUUCAGAGUGAGCAGAUCCCGCACAGGUUUCAGGAGUGAGAGGUAAGAGAGGCCAUCACCUUUUGAGUUUUAUUGUUAAUGGGUGUAUCUUUCCACACCCUGAUGGUCGUUCAAUUAUUCCUUUCAUAUUUGUGAGUUUCACAACCCACGGAUUCAACCAACUGCAGUGGAACAUAU